UGUAACCAAUAGUGAGCUAGUAUCAACCAAUCAGAUGUGAUUGCGAUUGUAACACUGAACACGCUGAGACGUAUCCUAGACGCUUGUCGUGGUGAUUUUGGAAUUUGAUUUCGAUUUCGAUUUUUGGUGUCUUUUUGGUGCAAAUGAUUAAUUUUUGGGUUUCGUUGGUAAUAUUUUAAUAAUAGCAGGACUCAGUUCUUUUUUAAACAAAGUGUUCAUAAUUACAUGAUAGGUAGAGCCACGAAAAGUAAUUUAAUGCCUAUUUUCAAUCAAAGCUAAACCAAAGCGUCUUGCGGGAUACGGAAUCAAAUUUGACCCCUGUGAGGAAUAUUCGAAUAUUCCAAGAUUGCACCCUAUCGACAAGCAAUCUACAAGAUACCUGAUAAAGUGGAGAUACCAAGCUGACAUAGCAAAAAACAAAAAUGAUGAAAACACAGUGAAAAAUACUUUUAAGUGUUUAAUAAAUAUUAAACUAACUGACUGGACCCAGUGAUAGCCAUGAAUGGACUUACCACUUACUUAUUGACUAAAAUGUGGAUGCUCAAACACCAUGCUUCUUCGUGAAAAUAAAUAAAAAUUCAUAUGAAAUCCACUUACAAGAUAGAGUAGUAGAAGACUAGUGAAGAUGUCUGAAAUAUUCAACCUAAGUGAACUAUGCAGGUGUUGCCACUCAGAUGGCAGCUUUAAGAGUCUGAAUCUAUGUUAUAGUUUUAAGGGACAAGUGGAAGUAUAUGCAAAUAUGCUCCAUGAAACUUUUGGAUUAAUUCUGCAGCAACCAUCUAUAGAAGCAAGCUACUCAAUAUGUGAUAUAUGUAUAAUAAAGUUAAGACAUGCAUUACAAUUCAAGAGACAAGUACAAGAAUGUGAAAUGAAGUUUGAAGAUUAUUGCAAAAAUGAGAUGGCACUACAAUCAGAAAUGAUAAAAAUAGAACAUGAACUAUGUAGUGAUAAGACGAUAAUCCCUUAUAUCAACGUAAAAAGUGAGGAUCUCAGCGACGAGAGUCAGCGUAAUGAAGACACAAAUGCGGAUCAUUCAGGUGUAGAAGUAUCUAAUUAUGACUGUAUAGGCAAUAACGAAGAGGAAAUAAUUAACACUGAGUAUCAGCUAAAUGAAUGUUUGAAAAAGCAACAAUCUGAUAUAGCAAAUGCUGAAAUUCAACGCAAUGGCUGCUUAGAAAAACGAACGUUAAAAGUGAGGAUUAUUCAGAAUAAUGUAAUAAAGGAGAAAUCAAAUGAACCAGAUCUUAGUGACGAGAGUCAGUAUAGUGAAGAUAGAAACGUGGAUUAUGCAGAUUUAGAAGUAUCUAGUCAUGGCUAUAUAGGCGAUAACAAAGAGAAAACAGUAAGCACUGAGUAUCAGCUAAAUAAAUGUUUGGAAAAGCAACAAAUCAAUACAGCAAGUACUGAAAUUCAACACAACAACUUAGAAAGAGAAAAAACAGUUAAAACUAAAUCAAAAAUUCAACAAAAGAGAACUUUAAAAAAUCAAAAAUCGGGUGUAUCAAAAGUGAAGAGCAAACAGAAGAAUGUAGUAAAGGAAAGAAGAAAAAAAACAGUUAAAACUAAAUCAAAAAUUCAACAAAAAGGAAGUUUAAAAAAUCAAAAAUCAGUUUAUCAAAUUGAUAUAUCAAAAGUGAAGAGCAAACAGAAGAAUGUAGUAAAGGAAAAAUCGAAUGAACCAGAUCUUAGCUACGAUAGUCAGGAGAAUGAAGAUACAAACGCGGAUGGUGCAGAUUUAGAAGUAUCUAGUCAUGACUACAUAGGCAAAAAUGAAGAGAAAACAGUAAGCACAGAGACGAAUGAAUGUUUUGAAAAACAACAAACAUAUGCAGCAAAUACAGAACAAAAGAAGAGUUUGAAAACGCGAUUAUCAGGUGUAUCCAAAGUGAAGAGCAAACAUAAGAACGAAGUAAAAGAAAAAUUGAAUAACCCAGGUAAUCCCAAAGGUGGAACAUCAGAUGUAUCAAAAUUGAACAUUAAACAGAAGAACGUAGUAAAAGAAAAAUCUAAUGAACCACUUAACCUAUUGAAUCUAAGGACCUCAUUAGUCCACGCUGCUGCCACUAAUUAUUUCCAUUUCCAAAAUACGAAAGUUUACAUUUGCCAAACUUGCAAAAGUAGCUUUAAAACCGCAGCAAGCCUAAGAGAACACGUAAAUAAACUGCAUUCUUUAUUUCAUUGUGGAGUUUGUAAAAAAAACUUCAAUACAAAAGCAGCAUUAUCAACACACAAAUCUACACAUAGAGAUAAUAUCUUCGAAUGUGAUAUCUGUGGCAAAAGGUAUCCGAUACGAUCGACUCUGGUAACUCAUAGGAACACACACACAAAAGAAACGGUUUUCACAUGUGAUAUGUGUAAUAAAGAUUUCCUAUAUAAAUCCGCAUUGAGAAGACAUAUAGAGUUCCAUUUGGGUAAAAACAAGAAAUUCAUGUGUGACUUAUGUGGACACCCAUUCAACGACACGACCAAUUUGAACAUACACAUCCGUAACGUCCACGAGAAACUGAGACUGUUCAAAUGCGACCAGUGUCCUAAAGCAUACGCUUCUUUUAAAACUUUGAGAAUACAUUUAAGGAAACACACCGGUGAGCGUCCGUAUAAAUGUCAACUUUGUGGCGAAUCGUUUGCGUGCAGUUCUCGCUUAAGAGGGCAUACAGAUAUCCACCAUUCUAAAAUCACUUAUGAAUGCAAAGUCUGCGGGAAACAUUUCAAGAGUCGGAAAGCUCUUGGUUCUCACACUAGGACACACACUCGUGUCAAACCUUACGAAUGUGAUUAUUGCGACUUAGCUUUCUCAUGUUCAUUUUCUCGAAACCGCCAUGUCAAGGGUCAUUGCAACGCCCGUGAGCGACGCCAUAAAGAGAAAAUCUUCUCUUGCGAAAUAUGCCUUAAAAAAUUCGCUGAAAAAGCGUUUUUGAAAAAACAUAUGAAAACCAUUCACGGCCCGAAUACUAAAGUGAAAAUGAAGUGUACUUUGUGUAAAAUGUCCGUACGUAAUAUGGAGAAACAUAUGAAGACACAUACGGACAGGACUCUUCAGUGCAGCGCUUGCCCAAGAACAUAUUCCGACAGUAGCGUCUUGAAUCGGCACUUCAGAGAAAUUCACUGUGGUAUAACUUACGAUUGUGACCUCUGCGAUAAAAAGUAUGUAACACCGAGAAAUUUGCGGAAUCAUAAAUUGAAGAAACACAACACACAUACACAGUUCAAAGUAGAGCAGGAAGAUGCGAAUGUAAUAGAAAAUUAAAACAAUUUAGGUAUAGUGAUAUCAAAAUGUUCCUCCUUGGCGCAUUCUUGAGUGGCGUGGCCUUAUAAGUGGUUCUUGCCAUCUGAUUUUAUACUCGGCUUUCGCCUUGAGUUGAGCUUGUGCAUUAAGGCCGUGAUAGCCUAGUGGUUGAGACGUCCGCCUCCCAUUUGGGAGGUCGGGCGUUCGAUUCCAGACAGGCACCUCUAAAUUUUCCUUCUCAUUUUGGGAAACCCGUGCUCAGUAUUGAGCCGGCAAAGGGGUUUUCGUGAUGAUUAACACCACAUAAUUAUUUUUUACAAUGCUUGACUAUAUUGGAUUAGUUUGUAUAAUGUAUUCAAAAAUGGAAAUGUUUAGUACUGUUUUGUAUGAUAAGAAUUUUUAGAAUAAUGAAUGAAUAAUUUAGGUAAACGUUUUUUUUUAAAUGUUAUACUUGCAUUUUUCCAAAGAGAAUAAAGUGUAAUAAAAUAUUAAAAGAU